AUAUGCUCUACACUGCUGCGGUGCUACUGUGAAUUUCACAAGUCUACCGGAAGAAUUAGAAACCAUGAGCCUGGUGCCGUUCCCAAGCGGCGGAGAUGAUAACCGGAGCAGUACUCCCUCCGCCAAAACUCCGCCGCUGUCACGCGAUUCUCUACCAAUUAAUUCGCCCUCCUCCCCUAUUCCCCGAGAUCCGGUGAAGUUAACGGCGAGAUCAUGCUUGUACGAGAUAUGUGCGAAAAGUCGGUGGAAACGUCCGGUAUUCACUUGUUGCAACGAAAAUGGUCCGACUAAUCUCAGAUCGUUCACCUACAAGGCAGUUGUUGAGAUGAAAGAAGAAGACUCAAAGUCAUGGAUAUUAGUGGAGUGUAUUGGAAAGCCUCAAUUCAACAAGAAAAAUGCAGCAGAUUCAGCUGCUGAAGGAGUUUUAUGGUACCUUGUGCAUCUAGGUUACCCCAAAAAAGCAUGAUUCGCUCAAGAAAUUAAGGUGAUUAGUAGUUUAGGUUAGAUAAUUUCCACUAUCUUGCUGUUAUUUAUUCCAAAAUCAUAUUUAUCUAGUAAUGUGCAUCUAUGUGAAAUCCA